UCAAUCGUGAACACGGCUCAAGUCACCGCUCGGCAGCUGGGCAUCACAGGAUAUCAUCACAUUACAUAAAUUUCUGUGUCGAGGUAGUCGAGGUCCUGCCCUAACUUACAGUUGAAGCUGACUAACCGUCUUAAACUGCGAGUACAGACUAUUUGUGUUUAGCCCAGUCCGAGGCCCCCUAUCUCAAUAUCUUCCUCCACGUCCACACUCAUAGAUACCGGCUCCAGCUCCGACUCGAUGCCCCGCAUCUCGGCUCCCCUUACCUUUCUCAUUAUAUCAGGAAUACUUCUGCUCAUGGUCGCUGGGUGCUGUCAUUGGCGGCGCGGUACGCUCCUCGGCACAACCUCGGAUACAGAUCCAACGGUGCGGUUGUAUGGACUCGGGGACGGGUGGGGACGAAGGAAGUUUAUCUUUCCGGCCUUUUGGGAGACUUUCUUGAGUCCUCCCAUAUCGACCGAGAAAGUCGGGGGUGCGGGUCAGUCCGAAUGGCCAAGCAUUCAGCCUGUAUCUGUGUCUCUCAUCCGUCCGUGUCGCUCUCGAGCUACAUGUAAAUCUGCAGUGGAUGUGUCGGAGUCCGCAGCACAUGCAGACCCCUUUAUCGUAACAUUGCCCCUUCCAAAUAAUUCCCAGUCUUCUUCGACCCAACCAUCACCCCCACGAAGACAAUUUGCAUUCCCUCGCGUCCAUCCCUACAUCUUCCAUUUGUGGCCACGGCGGCGCUCGCACGCCCAUCAUGGCUCAGCACCAUCCGAAAAGCCUACAGAAGUCGAGACUGAGAAUUGCCCUGAAGCUGUGAAGAUCGCCGUGAUAAUCUGCAUGCCUUCUCCCGCCUUACGAUGUUGGAACAACGGAGAGGGUCCUUCGUGUCACCCUGCUAACCCAGGCGAUGCGCUGCGGGAAUAUCAGAUAGGCGUGACGCAUGUCCCAUGGACGCGGUGAGGUACGUACUCAAUGUUGACGUAGUCUGUGUUUUUCUUUUCCGCUGCUGGCCCCAAAAU